AUUGCAUUGGGCUACAGCACAUGUUUUCUCUUCACAUUUGGUAACUAGGGAAACAGCCAUUCCAUAUUAGUUCUCUCUCUCUCUCUCUCUCUUUCUUUAAUAUUUGGGUUUUCAAGUUUCCAGGUUUUUCUUUUUUUUCCUUUUCUUUUUUGGGGUGUUGGGUUUGGAAAACUUGCCUUGUUUGGACUUUCUAGUUAAGAGCAAAUUAAGGGAAAAAAAUCAAAAUCAAAAACAAAAACACAAAAAAAAAAAAAAAUAACUGAAAAAAAUUAAAAGAAAAUCAUGGGAAGGGGUAGGGUUCAGCUGAAGCGCAUAGAGAACAAGAUCAAUCGGCAGGUAACUUUUUCCAAAAGGAGAAAUGGGUUGCUCAAGAAAGCCCAUGAGAUCUCUGUCUUGUGUGACGCUGAAGUUGCUGUUAUUGUCUUCUCCCACAAAGGAAAGCUCUUUGAGUACUCCACCGAUUCUUGCAUGGAGAAGAUACUGGAGCGCUACGAGCGAUACUCUUAUGCAGAGAGACAAUUAGUCACAAUGGAUUCUGAAUCCCAUUUUCAGAUUAUGCAGGGGAACUGGACCGUGGAGUAUUCUAGACUCACGGCUAAAAUUGAGCUUUUGCAGAGAAACCGUAGUCACUUUUUGGGAGAAAAUCUGGAGUCUCUGAGCCAAAAAGACAUCCAAAAUUUGGAGCAACAGCUUGAUACCGCUCUUAAAAAUAUACGUGCCAGAAAGAACCAACUCAUGAACGAGACUAUCUCUGAGCUUCAAAAGAAGGAGAAGGCAAUGCGGGAGCAGAACAAUGUGCUUGAAAAGAAGAUCAAGGAAAAGGAGAAAAGUGUGGCAGUAGAGGCGCAGCAGAUGCAGUGGGAGCAGCAACACCAUGGCGCUAGUACAUCAUCCUACCUGCUACCACAGCCACUUCCCUGCUUAAACAUUGGAGGAACUUAUAACGGAGAGGAAGCCCCAGAAAUGCGGAGGAACGAUCUGGAACUCACUCUUGAACCGUUGUAUUCAUGCCACCUUGGAUGCUUUGCUGCAUGAAAUAUGAAAGGAGGACUAUACAUAUCUAUCUCUUUCUAGGUGGGUGUAAAGUUUUGGGUUUCAUUUUGUGGAGCAUUUGAACUUGUGAUCUGUGCAAGACCCUCUAUAAUUAUUAUAGCAUGUGAUAAAACUAUAUAUAUAUAUAUAUAUAUAUAUAUAUCUAUGAAGUGUCAUGGCAUGAGAGAUAUAUUUCUCAUGUUCCCAUUAUUACCCUGAAUGUUGGAAUGUUGAUAGUCAGAUUAAACUAAUUAAUCAGCGAUCAUGAACUUAUUAUGUAUGAAUUAUAUAUGUGGUGUGAUUUUUGAAAUAGAUGUUGUAUAAAUAUAAAUU